AUGGUUCCCCCAAAAGGAGGAUAUGGCAAACUGACUGCUCAGGGGAAGCUCUUGGGCCAGGACACUUUCUGGGUCAUCGAGCCUGAGGCUGGGGGGCUGCUGUCUUCUCGAGGUCGAGAGAGGCGCGUGUUCCUCUUUGAGCAAAUCAUCAUCUUCAGUGAAGCCCUGGGAGGAGGAGUGAGAGGUGGAACACAGCCUGGAUAUGUAUACAAGAGCAGCAUUAAGGUGAGCUGCCUGGGACUGGAGGGGAACCUCCAAGGUGACCCUUGCCGCUUUGCACUGACCUCCAGAGGGCCAGAGGGUGGGAUCCAGCGCUAUGUCCUGCAGGCUGCAGACCCUGCUAUCAGUCAGGCCUGGAUCAAGCAUGUGGCUCAGAUCUUGGAAAGCCAACGGGACUUCCUCAACGCAUUGCAGUCACCCAUUGAGUACCAGAGACGGGAGAGCCAGACCAACAGCCUGGGGCGGCCAGGAGGGCCUGGAGUGGGGAGCCCUGGGAGAAUUCGGCUUGGAGAUCAGGCCCAGGGCAGCACUCAAACACCCAUCAAUGGCUCUCUCCCCUCCCUGCUGCUGUCACCCAAAGGGGAGGUGGCCAGAGCCCCCUUGCCCCUGGAUAAACAGGCCCUCAGUGACAUCCCUCAGGCUCCCCAUGACUCUCCUCCAGUCUCUUCAACUCCAAACACCCCUCCGUGCCAAGCCAGACUUGCCAAGCUGGAUGAAGAUGAGCUGUAACUGGUGAAAACCAUGGAGGUGGUGCUGACUCAGCUGCCUAUUCCCCAAGAAGCUUCAGGGCAGUCCUUCUGGCACUGCUCCAGAAUUCUUCCUUCUUGGUGUGUCUGGAGGAAGGGUGGGCAAGGCUGGGAGGGAUAUCAACUUGGAGGAGAGCACCUAGACCCAAGGACUUUUUUCUGCCCAAGGAACACAGUUUCCUUCAGCUCCCACCCCUGUGCAUGCAUCAUGGUUCCCCCAAAAGGAGGAUAUGUGGGUGGGUGGGAGGGCUGGGGCAAGGGCCAGAUAGAAAUUAUUGGUUUCGUUUUUUAAUUUUGUUUUUCCUGUUUUAUGAGAAUAAAGGUUUUGUUAUAUCAC